AUGCCGCCUGCAACCGAGUCCCAGCCCGCAGCCGCGGUCACUGUCAUUUCAGACAAAGUGGCGUCUCCGGAGGCUAAGCCAACGGCACGACUGUGCCACCUGGUGAUCCGUCCAGACUUUGUAGGUUACGGUUUCAAGCUGCUCGAGGACACCGAACGUAAGCGGGAGUUCGUCGACUCCGUGGAACCGGGAAGCCCAGCCGAAGCUGCAGGACUUCGAGUCAAGGACGUCAUCAUUGAGGUUGUUUUACUUCAAAUACUACAAGGGGCCUGCGUAAACGGAGCUAAAGUGGAGGGCGCCAGCCACCAAGACAUUCUCGAUCGUAUCAUGUCAAUUCCCAACGAGACACGUCUACUGGUGGCGGACGGCGCCACCUGUCGUUGGAACCGGGAACGUGGCGUCGCCGACAGCGACAGUCUGCCGAGCGUCGUCGAGUUAAGCGGUGCCGAGGCUGCCGAUCAGUCGGCCAGCAAGCCUGCCAGCCGACAGGCCGGCGCUUCUCCGGCGAGUUCGACUCCUAGUGUCGCCGCUCAAGUGGCCGACCGCGAGGUCCGGCAGCAAUCGGUGGAGCGCGCCGACCCGGACCGGAGCGGGCCAGACCUGCCUAUCAGCACGCCCGACAAGAAGGAAUCGUCCAUGAGCCGCCAGCAAGAGCCUCAUAGCCUGGCAGAGAGUGCACUGCGACGAGGGACUGCUGCCGAAGGGACCCAGCCAAGGUCUGGUGGCACCGAACCCCAGGUCGCCGCUCAAGUGGCCGACCACGAGGUCCGGAAGAAAUCGGUGGAGCACACCGACCCGGACCGGAGCAGGCCGAACCUGCCUAGCAGCACGUCGAACAAGGACGAACCGUUCAUGAACAGCCAGCAGGAGCCUGAUAGCCUGGCAGAGGGCACAUUGCGACGACGCACUGCCGCUGAAGGGACCCAGCCAAAGUCAGAUGGCAGCGAACACAAGGUAUACUCUUGA